UCUGCUGGCUACAGUGCCGCGUCGAAGUCCACUUACUUUUCUGGGAGCUUGCUGCUGCCCGCCCCGGUAAACUAAACUGUGGAAGAAUCGGGGGGGAUUUGAAUGUUGGUGGACGUCUUCGGUGUUGCUCAACCUCUCCGUAAACGCUGACAGAGUCCGUCGCUCGGACGGCCAUCGCCCGUGGACGGUGCUUUCCAGCGUAGCGGGAGCCAUGCCUGUCCCCGCUGGAUACCUCAGCGACACCCCCACCGCGGCCUUUUCAUCCUCGGCCUCGCUUAUCCCACCGCCGCCGAUAAACACCCAACAGCCGGGAGUUGUCACGUCGCUUCUGUACAGCGGCUCCAAGUUCAGGGGCCACCAGAAGAGCAAAGGGAACUCAUACGACGUGGAGGUUGUUUUGCAGCAUGUCACCAUGGAGGACUCCUACCUGUGUGGCUACCUGAAGAUAAAGGGACUGACUGAGGAAUACCCAACACUCACCACGUUCUUUGCUGGAGAGAUCAUCAGCAGAAAGCGGCCAUUUCUCACCCGAAAAUGGGAUGCAGAUGAGGAUGUUGAUCGUAAACACUGGGGCAAGUUCCAGGCCUUCUACCAGUAUGCCAAGUCAUUCAACUCGGAUGAUUUUGACUACGAGCAUUUGAAGAACUCUGACUAUAUAUUCAUGAGGUGGAAGGAGCAGUUUCUGGUCCCUGACCACACAAUCAAAGACAUCAGCGGAGCUUCCUUUGCUGGAUUCUACUACAUCUGCUUCCAGAAAUCCACAGCAACCAUCGAGGGCUACUACUACCACAGGAGCUCUGAAUGGUACCAGUCUCUAAACCUCACCCACGUCCCUGAGCACAGUGCAGCCAUCUAUGAGUUCCGGUGACAUCAGCCAGCAUCGUGGAUCUUUUUUUUGAAAAUGAUGGACAGAGACUUUAUGUGAAGCCAAGGUCUGCAGAUGCUACUGAGGAGAAUGACUAGGGGAUGAGACUUUUUUUUUUUUUUUUGCUAUUGGAGACGUACAAACUCCUACAUGCUCCCAAUAAGUGGAUGGACAGCUGGUUGACUUGUGGACGGGAUACAGGACUACUAAUGAAUGUAUGGAAAGGAUGAGCGAAGAGAAGAAAGAAAUGGAGUUCAGCUCCUGCUCCGUGGAUGCAGCGUGUAAAGCUAGAACCUGCAGCAGAGACUGGGUGUGGCUCUCUUAGUGUACCCCAUGUCUCUAUGUUUUAAUAUCUGGUUUGAAAAACAAUAUGCUUUGCACAGCAUUUUUGAGACAUUUUAUGAGCCAAGUUUUUUUUUUCCCUCCAAUUUUCCAGCUUUUAUUAUUCAGCUGAUGUGCAGUGAGUAAAAUGAACAAGAGAGGCUGCUGUUUGACAAGGAUUCCUGUGAGGAGUCUGCUCUCAUGAAACACUAAAGAAGGAGUCUGUGUGGAAGAAAAGACGGCGACAAGUUUGACUGCAUGGAGCUUUAAUCAGCCCAUAAGCUACAGCGACAGUAUUUUUCUAAAGCUUAGCUGGUUCCUCCGUUUCAUGCCAUGAGGAUAUUUUACUUUAACCAGAAUGAUCGCAGCAAAGGGGCAGUUUUAAAGGCUGCAACGCGAGCGACACAAAAAGAGCUGUUCCCUUGUGUUCAUAAAACAUGCUUGGGAGAUUAUAUCACUUGUGAUUGCCGUGGAUGUUCUAUUGAGUUACAUUUGCACAAAGAUGGACUAUACAAUACUAGUGCUAGUACACAAGCAUCGAGAUGGCAGGUCAAGCUACUUUUUAAAAGUGUGUGUGUGUGUGUGUGUGUGUGUGUGUGUGUGUGUGUGUGUGUGUGUGUGUGUGUGUGUGUG